AUGAGUGAGUUGGAAAUGGAAGUAGAUUUAGGAGAAAAUGAAGAAAAACCAUAUGUGCGAACCUUGGAAGAUGUCCAAAGUAUCAUUAAACAUGCCAAAUUGGAUGCUAAAAAUCUCACACAAGUUACCCAAGCACUUUACUACCCAUCUUCUACAAUGGACGAUGAUAAUUUAAAACUGCUAGAGUUGGAUACACAUAUGCAUCAACAAAUACGUCUUGGUCAGAAGCUCUACUUUAAAGGGGGUCAUAAUGAAAAAAUUGUGCUAUGUACUGAGGAGAAAACGUAUGACGUGAAGGGCGCAGAGAUCUCUAACAGUCUGUUGUUGGUGCCGGAUUUAAAAUUCGCCGCUGCUACUAGCACAUCACCGUUGAAGAGUCCUCGCGCCGGGACUUCUUCACUUGAGACAAGUUUGAACGAUGAUGAUGACGAUAUUUCGGUUGAUCGAGCACUGGAGCAGCGUAAAGUGCUUAAAAUAUUUCACGAAUACUUUGAAUGUCGCGAAAUAAGACCUCGUUACCGAAAGAUAUACGAACUGUUACAGUUAACACGUUAUUCUGGACCGGAAAACGAGGAGUAUAUUGAUCGCAAAUUGCUAUUCACAUAUGAUCAACUGUUGGAUACAGUACAAUGUAGUCGUAAGCAAUUCGAUGAAGGCUUAAUACAAUUUCGUGCUAUGGAAUUCGAAGGACGCAUGCGCGUACUCGAAUGUGAAUAUGAAAUGCGCAUAGUGAAUUUUAUGUUGGGAUUGUUGAGUGAAAAUUCGUGGCCUUUAGAUGAAGUGCAAUAUGAAGAGACUUUGUCGGCUUUGGAAGGAAUCGCGCCAACUGAAAUUGUAAAAGGACUUUUCCGCAUUUACACAGCGCCGACUGAGGGCAAAGAAGGAAAAUAUACCUAUAAAGAGAGCCUUGUUUCACGUAUCAUUGCACAGAAUAUAUUGCAACCGGAGUUAAAGUUUCGUAAAGACGAAUUUAUGAGCACUUGGCAAGAAGCAUUACCAGAGGGCAUGCGUUGUGAUGAAAAAUUUUUACGUGGCCUGGGCAUUAUUGAUAGGGAGGGUGUUACUCCUUGUAUUCGAUCGCUCGUCGAAGAGCUGCUGCCAACAAAUAUUCACGAAAGAAUGCGAAUUUUGUUCAAAAACAAAGCGCGUUGGACGAAAGAUGAAAUGGAGCCUUAUAUUGAAUGCUUUAGUACACCUACCCUCUCUGUGUCGACCUUAUUGGCCAAACAUGCACGCUCUCUUACGGAGAAUGGUGUGCGCUAUUUCGUAUCAAAACACUGACUUAUAUUUAGUUUACAUUAUUUAAUAAUUAUUUUUAAAACAUCAUUUAUUCAAUAA